AUGGCACAUCUAUCGUGGUACCUAGACGAUCUGCAAACAAUAGUGCCAGAGACCAUUUCCAACGGUCUGAAGCAAUGUCUGCUUUCACUCACAGCCCCUGAAGACUCGCCCUUGCCUCCGUUCAAGCUACCCGUCUCAUCGCACGCCUCGGAAACACUCAAGGGAGUUGUCUGUCGAAGUGGAGCUGCUAUUACCGCUACUGACAUCCAACUGAAACUCCAUUCACUGAAAAACAAAUCGUUCACAGUCAGAAUCAAUCCAAAAACAGACGGAUACCAACUCAGCCAGAUCGACAGCUGUAUCAACCACGUCAGCCUAGCAUUGGACCAAUGUGACGCCAUUAUCGGCUCAAGAGAUCCACAGUACCUCAAUAUAGUAGCCCAAUCGCUCAUCAAACACAUCAACGAAGCCGUGGCGUCAAUCAACUCACCUGUCGUGUUGCUAGAGAAACCCACUGAACCGGCUGGAGGAAUCCCCAGCAACAACACCUCGCGAUGUGCUACACCCAACCCCAACAUUUCGCACUCCAGUCAGUCUAUCCCCGUCUCGCUGUCUGGAACUCCGCACUCCACACCCUGGCUGUUCCCCAACACUCCUCCAGUUGACUGCUUCAACCCAAACCUACCUCCAGAACUCAUUGUCGAGUUUUACAUUGCCAAGUGUGCCAUUGUGGUGGACGUGCAUGUUGUGGACCGAGGCAUCAGUCGAGCUGGAACUCCCUCGCAGAACCCUUCACCUUCUUCGUCUUCCGCAAACUUGGCUGCUCUCACUAACCUCUUCAAACGAGCUCCGGUAGCCUCCAAUACAGCCCCCAAAAUCACUUACAACGGAGAACUGGUGAGCGAGGUGGAACGAGUGGUUGUGGAUACGAAAGAUCCCAUUCUUAUGUCGAUAGAGGCCAAGCUGAGCGCAAUCAAAUCUGCUGCUUAUCGUCUCCAUCGAAAUCUGGCUGCGGUAUCAGGUGCUUCAGAAGCUGAGCAAGUUAUCAUGCCUGUCACAGAGGUAUCUGCUAACUAG